UUUGAAUUCAUAUUGUAAAGCGGUUAAAUAUCGAGUUGGUUUAUAAGAAUAAACGAUUGGAACGACAGUUGAAUGAUCCUUGUGCUAUUUUUCCUUUUUUCAGCUUGAAAUCUAAUAUAAUCCAUUUAGAGUAUUCAGCAAUCAAGCUAAUUCGUGGGGCUAAAACGCAAAGCUAAGCCGUUAAUCCAAGAGGAAUUAGACAUCAAGAACGAGAAUGAUAAAAGAAAAUGAAAUCAUCUCUAAGGUGCUUCUCACGAUAGCUCAAUAUAAGGGAAAUGUCUCCAGUUUCAAGAACGCAAUUUGUGAAGGGGAGUAUACUCCAGAUCAUACGAAGAAUUUCACGCGUAGCUUGAUAUGGAAGACAUGUUUGAUAACUGAAACGUUGAAAAUCAAGGAAUGGGAUUCUAAAUUGAGUGAUUCAAGAGUCAUUUAUCAUAAAUUAACCAAGAAUGAAGAAAUGAUCGUACCUUGGUGGGAUCUUGAUACCGAUAAUACGUAUUAUCAAACCAAAGAACUAGUUCGGAAAUCUUCAGUAUCAAGAAAACUGUCUCUAAGGCGGAAAGCUCCAAUGAAGAAACAAUCGCUUGUUCGUGUUAAUGGCGUUGCUGAUCCUUUAAGCUCUCAAACUUCUUUGGUUUCUGCUUCUCUGAGUCCAAGUAGUUCAAAAAGUGCCACGCCGGUACCUUCUUCGCUGAGAUCAGAUCCAGAGCAGGAUUUGGAAUUGCUUCAGAGUAUUAUCAUGGACAUUGAUCGUAUUUUCCCCGGAGAUGAAUUCUUUCAUUCCAAUAACCCACAAUCACUCCCAGUUAAACGAGAAUUGAUUCAAAUUUUAUAUGUUUGGUCUAAGUGUAAUCCUCAAGUUGGUUAUAAACAAGGAAUUCAUGAAAUCUUGGGUUUGAUUUAUAUCAAUUUAUAUAAUGAAUCCAUUCAUAUCCCUAGUACCAAUACCAUUUCCACUGACGACUUGAAAAUUCUAAGUCUUUAUGAUAUAAGGUAUUUAUCCCAUGAUAUGUUCACCAUAUUUAAUAAAUUUAUGAUCCAAACAGGAAUUGCUUCAAGAUUUUACGAAAAUGAGUCAGUCUUGUGGAAAUCAAUAGAAGAGUUCAAUAUAAAUCUAAUGAAGGUUGACCAAUUAAUUCAUUAUAAUUUGAUUACCAAAUUGAAACUAGAAUCUCAAUUAUGGAUUAUAAGGUACUUGAGAUUGCUAUUAUUAAGAGAAUUAGGUAAUGAUCAUUCCUUGACCAUUUUGCUAUGGGAUAAGCUAAUUUCGUCUAUUCCUGACCUAAUCAUCUUCAUUAUUAUCAUAUUGCUCAUUCAAAUCAAAACUGAUCUUAUAACUUGUGAUUUCAGUGAAAGUUUGUCUCUAUUAUUGCACUAUCCAAUCUCUGAAAAACAGUUCUGUGCAUCACAUAUCAAUAAUAUGUUCAAAUACGCCGUUAAACUCUACGAGAAAAGGGACCAAGACUUGAAACUUUACGAAUUGGGCCUUAAAUUGAAUUCAAAAUAUAAUCCAAAUCUAAAGAUCCAAAUGAGUUACAACGGUACCUCCCAAAGCAGGAAAAGCGGUGAAUCAAUCGGGUUCUCAAGCCCUUCUCCAAGCUUAUCACCUGCACCUUCUGCUCCUAAUCCUGACCCCAGGGCUGAAAAGAUGGCAUUUGAAAAAUAUAGACUAGAAAUGAGGCUCAAGAAAAAAGCCCAAUCCCUAAUGAGACCAUAA